AUUGAAUCUAAUUUAAAAAUAAAUAAAAACUCAUACAUACCCAUAGUGACUUGACUCCAGUCAACUGUCAAAACCAACGAACAACCUAUCCCAUUACACCAAGCAAUCAAAGGCUCUCUCUAUCUAUAAUCGCGGCAAAAACACGAAAGCAUCGCACUUGGCAAAGAUAUCAAAAAAGAAAAGAAAGAAAGAGACAUAAACGGCUUUUUUCGCGCAAAUGUGUGAGAUACAGCUUCUUCGCUGUAUUCUCAUUCCCAUGCCUCUUUGCCUCGAUAGCUUCCUCCGUUAGAUUGGAUCUUCACCAUGGAAAACAUUGCCGCGCAAUUGAAGCGCGGCAUCUCGCGCCAAUUCUCCUCCGGUUCGUUACGGAAGACAUUAAGCCGGCAAUUCACGCGUCAGGCUUCGCUCGAUCCGCGCCGGAAUAAUCUCCGCUUUAGCUUCGGUCGUCAAUCGUCGCUUGAUCCGAUCCGGCGAAGUACCAGCGAAGAUCAGCCUGAACUCACCGUGCCGGAGAAUCUUGACUCCACCAUGCAGCUUCUCUUUAUGGCUUGCCGUGGUGACGUUAAAGGUGUGGAGGAUUUGCUUAACGAAGGCAUCGAUGUUAAUAGCAUUGAUCUCGAUGGUCGUACCGCUCUACAUAUCGCCGCCUGUGAAGGUCACGUCGACGUUGCUAAAUUAUUGCUCAGCCGUAGGGCUAACCUCGACGCUCGUGAUCGUUGGGGCAGUACGGCAGCUGCCGAUGCUAAAUAUUAUGGAAAUACAGAAGUUUAUUAUAUGUUGAAGGCGCGUGGAGCAAAAGUGCCGAAAACUAGGAAGACUCCAAUGACUGUUGCAAAUCCUCGUGAAGUUCCCGAAUAUGAACUCAAUCCAUUAGAACUACAGGUUCGGAAGAGUGAUGGUAUUUCAACGGGGACAUAUCAAGUAGCUAAAUGGAAUGGCACAAAGGUUGCAGUGAAGAUACUUGAUAAAGACAGUUAUUCAAAUCCUGAUACAAUAAAUGUUUUCAAACAUGAGCUCACAUUAUUGGAAAGGGUGCGUCAUCCUAAUGUGGUCCAAUUUGUUGGAGCUGUCACCCAAAACAUACCUAUGAUGAUUGUUCGAGAGUACCAUGCUAAGGGUGACUUAACAGGUUAUAUUCAAAAGAAAGGGCGUUUGUCCCCAUCAAAAGUUCUACGGUUUUCUCUUGAUAUUGCUAGGGGCAUGAAUUAUCUUCACGAAUGCAAGCCAGAGCCUGUUAUCCACUGUGAUUUAAGGCCAAAAAAUAUUUUGCUGGAUAAUGGAGGGCAAUUGAAGGUAGCUGGAUUUGGUACUGUGAGGUUUUCACUCAUCUCACCUGACAAAGCAAAGCUAGUACAGCCCGAGGCCAACAUUGACCCUUCAAGCUUAUACGUGGCACCGGAGAUUUACAAUGGUGAUGUGUUUGAUAGAAGUGUGGAUGCAUAUGCUUUUGGUCUCGUUGUUUAUGAGAUGAUAGAGGGUGUACCACCCUUCCAUCCCAAGCCCCCAGAGGAAGCUUUGAAACUGAUGUGUUUAGAAGGGAAGAGACCGCAAUUCAAAAUCAAAACAAAAAGUUAUCCUCCCGAUUUGAAAGAGUUGAUUGAGGAAUGUUGGGAUCCAGAACCUCUUGUCAGACCAACUUUUUCUCAGGUUAUUGCCCGGUUGGACAGAAUUGUUGCAAAUUGCUCAAAACAAGGAUGGUGGAAAGAUACUUUUAAACUUCCUUGGAAAUAAAUAAAAUGGGAUGCACCAUUAGACCAAGGAGGAGAUAAAGAUCAGAGUUGUAUCAUCAAAACUGAUUUGUGAGCAUCAUGUUGUUGUAAUGUUAAUAGCCAUUGCAAUUAAUAACUUCUGAACUCAAAUAGUGUGAGGUUGAGUUUGGAUUUGAGCACAAAAAUGUAUUCCACAGCUCCAUUCCAACAUCGUUCUCUAUCUACUAGAGGAUCUGAAACAGAUUAUCUCUGUAAAAUGUAUCAUAAACCACACAUGUUUUAGAACAUCUAUUCUAAGAAAUUUUCCAAUAAACAAUGUUUUCUAUA